AUUUGCCGCGCGCUCGCGCCCCUCCUCCAACCCUAAAAACACUCCUUCGCGCCUCGAAAACGCCUCUUCACCGCCCCCUCCCUGUGCGCGUGAACUAGGCAGUAUUUAGAUCUCGCGAGAGGUUCUUCCCCCUUCCUUGCUCUCCCCUCCCCCAAGCUAGUGAGUGCGCGAAAGAGAAAGGAGGAGGGCGCUCCAGGCGACAGCACUGCGGACGCCAUUAUCCUCUGUUUCUCUACUACACCGACCUCGACGUCUUGCCUGUGUUCCACUUUUUUGCAGCCUAUAGGCUACUGCAGCACUAGGGUGUCAGUUGUUGGUCCUGCCCAGAACACUUCAGUUCUGCUCUGCAAGGAUAUAUAAUAACUGAUUGGUGUGUCCAUUUAAUACAAGAAAAUGGAAACUGAACAGCCAGAGGAAACCUUCCCCAACACUGAAACCAAUGGUGAAUUUGGUAAACGCCCUGCAGAAGAUAUGGAAGAGGAACAAGCAUUUAAAAGGUCUAGAAACACUGAUGAGAUGGUUGAAUUACGAAUUCUGCUUCAGAGCAAGAAUGCUGGGGCAGUGAUUGGAAAAGGAGGCAAGAAUAUUAAGGCUCUCCGUACUGACUACAAUGCCAGUGUUUCAGUCCCAGACAGCAGUGGCCCCGAGCGCAUAUUGAGUAUCAGUGCUGAUAUUGAAACAAUUGGAGAAAUUCUGAAGAAAAUCAUCCCUACCUUGGAAGAGGGCCUGCAGUUGCCAUCACCCACUGCAACCAGCCAGCUCCCGCUCGAAUCUGAUGCUGUGGAAUGCUUAAAUUACCAGCACUAUAAAGGAAGUGACUUUGACUGCGAGUUGAGACUGUUGAUUCAUCAGAGUCUGGCCGGAGGAAUUAUUGGGGUCAAAGGUGCUAAAAUCAAAGAACUUCGUGAGAACACUCAAACAACAAUCAAGCUUUUCCAGGAAUGCUGUCCUCAUUCCACUGACAGAGUCGUUCUUAUUGGAGGAAAGCCUGAUAGGGUUGUAGAGUGCAUAAAGAUCAUUCUCGAUCUCAUAUCUGAGUCUCCCAUCAAAGGACGUGCACAGCCUUAUGAUCCCAAUUUUUACGAUGAAACCUAUGAUUAUGGUGGUUUUACAAUGAUGUUUGAUGACCGCCGUGGACGGCCUGUAGGAUUUCCAAUGCGGGGAAGAGGUGGUUUUGACAGAAUGCCUCCUGGUCGGGGUGGGCGUCCCAUGCCUCCAUCUAGAAGAGAUUAUGAUGAUAUGAGCCCUCGUAGAGGACCACCUCCCCCUCCUCCUGGUCGAGGUGGCCGGGGUGGUAGUAGAGCUCGGAAUCUCCCUCUUCCUCCACCACCGCCUCCUAGGGGAGGAGAUCUAAUGGCUUAUGACAGAAGAGGAAGACCUGGAGACCGCUACGAUGGCAUGGUUGGUUUCAGUGCUGAUGAAACUUGGGACUCUGCAAUAGAUACAUGGAGCCCAUCAGAAUGGCAGAUGGCUUAUGAACCACAGGGUGGCUCCGGAUAUGAUUAUUCCUAUGCAGGGGGUCGUGGCUCAUAUGGUGAUCUUGGUGGACCUAUUAUUACUACACAAGUAACUAUUCCCAAAGAUUUGGCUGGAUCUAUUAUUGGCAAAGGUGGUCAGCGGAUUAAACAAAUCCGUCAUGAGUCGGGAGCUUCCAUCAAAAUCGAUGAGCCUUUAGAAGGAUCCGAAGAUCGGAUCAUUACCAUUACAGGAACACAGGACCAGAUACAGAAUGCACAGUAUUUGCUGCAGAACAGUGUGAAGCAGUAUGCAGAUGUUGAAGGAUUCUAAUGCAAGAUAUUUUUUCUUUUUUAUAGUGUGAAGCAGUAUUCUGGAAAGUUUUUCUAAGACUAGUGAAGAACUGAAGGAGUCCUGCAUCUUUUUUUUUUAUCUGCUUCUGUUUAAAAAGCCAACAUUCCUCUGCUUCAUAGGUGUUCUGCAUUUGAGGUGUAGUGAAAUCUUUGCUGUUCACCAGAUGUAAUGUUUUAGUUCCUUACAAACAGGGUUGGGGGGGGGAAGGGCGUGCAAAAACUAACAUUGAAAUUUUGAAACAGCAGCAGAGUGAGUGAAUUUUAUUUUUUGUUCAUUGUUGGUGGUUUAAAAAAAGUUCCCCCCAUGUAAUAAUUGUGAACACACCUUGCUUUGUGGUCACUGUAACAUUUGGGGGGUGGGACAGGGAGGAAAAGUAACAAUAGUCCACAUGUCCCUGGCAUUUGUUCAGAGCAGUGUGCAGAAUGUUAUGCUCUUUUGUAAGAAACGUUUUAUGAUUUUUAAAAUAAAUUUAGUGAACCUA